UUCCUUCCUCGUGAGCAGCACGCACGCUGCCCCUGCCUCCGCGUCGGCGUCUCCUCCCUGCCUGAGGCCCCGAAUCCAUCUCCCCCACCAAACCGGAGCAUUCCAUCCUCGGAGGCCGGACCCGGCGAGAAGCGAGCGACUGCAGCCAGCUCACGUCCCCUCUCGAUCCACCAUGCUCAGGGUCGCGGGCAGGCGCCUCUCGUCCGCUCUCUCCUGGCGCCCCGCCACCGCCGCCGCCGGCACCCGGGGCCCUCUCGCCGGCACGCUACCCGGCCGCGACGACGACGACACGCGCGACCGCAGGGCGCGUUUCGCCAUCGACUCUCCCUUCUUCGCCGCCGCCAGAGGGUUUUCAGCGGAAACUCUUGUUCCAAGGAACCAGGAUGUGGGCUUAGCUGAGCUCCCACCAACUGUGGCCGCUGUGAAGAAUCCUAGUGGAAAAAUCGUGUAUGAUGAGUCUAACCAUGAGCGCUACCCGCCUGGGGACCCCAGCAAGCGUGCAUUUGCCUACUUUGUGCUGAGUGGUGGGAGGUUCAUUUACGCAUCUUUGCUGCGACUUCUCAUCUUGAAAUUCGUCCUGAGCAUGUCAGCAAGUAAGGAUGUUCUCGCACUUGCCUCACUUGAAGUUGACCUCUCAAGCAUUGAGCCUGGCACCACGGUAACUGUGAAGUGGCGUGGCAAGCCAGUCUUCAUCAGGCGGAGGACAGAUGAUGAUAUCAAGUUGGCCAACAGUGUUGAUGUUGCGUCCCUCCGCCACCCAGAGCAGGAUGCAGAGCGUGUCAAGAACCCUGAAUGGCUGGUCGUCAUUGGGGUCUGCACUCACCUGGGCUGCAUCCCGCUCCCCAAUGCAGGAGACUUUGGCGGCUGGUUCUGCCCGUGCCACGGCUCACACUAUGACAUCUCUGGUAGGAUCCGCAAGGGCCCGGCACCCUUCAAUCUGGAAGUGCCGACAUACAGCUUCUUGGAAGAUAACAAGCUUCUCAUCGGCUGAGAUUUCUGUUAGUGCUGCCUAUGGCCCUGUCGUUUUGUGUUUGAUCGACAAUUUUACCUUUUCUCUUGCCUGGUUUAGGGUAUACCUUUGGUGGACUGUUAUCUGAGUGCAGUGUUGUUGCUAGCACCUGACAGUAAUGAAUAACCUGCUGCUACUUAAAGGAUACUGUUAAUUGUUGUCAAGUUUGUUCUAUUUUUUUCUGAUCUCAAGAGGGUUGUUUAUGUAACACAUUUAGCUGGUACAGUCCAAUUUUUUUAUCUCGUCUGUCAGUAA